AAAAAGAUUGUGAGAACUGAGACUGUAAGACAACUGAAAAAGAAAAAUGACUGUCCAGUUGUGCACAUGUCUUGGAUUGUUAUUCAGCUUUCUUAAUUUUAAUGCAGGUGCUGAUGUCAGCAGGACAAUUGGACAGAAUGUGAAUUUUCCGUGCAAUAAUAUGGUCCAACAAACAAACUGCAAUAAAACUACCUGGCUUUCUAAUGAUAAUCCUGCCAUUGAACUGGUCACCCAUGGUAAGAUCAAGCCUCACAGCUCAGAGAGGGCAAAGAGAGUGAGUUUGAUGUCUGACUGCUCUCUACACAUCAGUGGCAUCACAGCUGAAGAUGAAGGGUGCUACGCCUGCCAACAGUAUUCACAUGUGGGUGGAAAAAAACUUACAGAGGAUGCCAGAAUUUGCCUGUUAAUUAAUAAAGAUGAUUCUUCCAUGAACAACAAUGAUGAUUCUUCCAUUAACAACAAUGGCAAAUUGUUGGUGAUAGUAAUCCCCUCAAUGCUAAUGGUCAUUGUUUUGUCAGUGGUCGCAAUCAUUGUUUGUCUUAAACAUCACAGGAGAGCAAAAAAGAGAAUAUCAGUUGUAAACCGAAACAACAUUUGUCAUGAACACAAUGAUGGUGAAGAUUUGGUGACCUACAUUGAGCUGAACCACAAUGCAGUGAAACCAAAGAAAGUGGACAUAGAAUACCAAAAAACUGAAUAUGCUGUUGUAAAACUUUCAAAAUUUCCAUAAACAACAGUUCACUGAACAGCUCACAAAACAUUUCAUGCUAAAUAAACAAAUAGUUGCAACAUAAUAUAUAUAUAUAUAUAUAUAUAUAUAUAUGGUAGCAAAUUACGCCCAAGUAUAUUACAAUGUCAAUGUGGUCACUGCACUAAUUCACAAGUCAUAAGUUUUAUUCCAUUUCUCAAAUAUUCUAGUUAAGUCAAGCCAUGUCAGCUGUUAUUUUCAUCCAAUCAUGUGUACAUGGGGAACAAAAUUGUCCUUUUACAGGUUCUGAUGGAAUUGUACAUACGAUAAACCAAUUAUGGUCUUGAGACAAUAAAACAAUAUACACAGGACAUUGUGUGACGUACAGCACAGCAGUUUACGCAGUAUAUAUAGUACACAUAACAGAAAUGUUGGACAGUCUCAGCUUGAAUAUUUAAAAGUACCUAAAAAAACACAGCAAGACUUUUUUGCCUUGUGUUUUUAUGCUUUACAAGAGCUGUUUUUGUUUUCACUUGCAGACAAAAACAUAAUUUCAAAAUUAUGAAAUUUUACAAGAACAAACACAUCUGUGUGUUUGUUACUGAGUUCUAUUCAUCUUUAAGUAUUGAAGGAUUUUGAUUAUUUAUGUGUAUAAUGAAAAAUUGACCCCAGACAGAAAAUAAUUGUUUUCAUUGUGUAUGCAUUGAAGACACUGGACCACUUUUCAUAUGAACAUCUUAAUAAUAAUAAAACUAAGUACUUGAUUAAAAUUGUGUGUUAUGUAAAAGAUAUAAAAUGAAUUUGAAACACUGGAUAAUUUUAAUUAACCAUUUUCCUUUUUCCAGCAUGUAAUAUCUUAAAAUAGCUCACUACUUUUUUUUUGCCCAUUUUUGUAAAGAUUUUCUCAAAGUCUAUUGUUCCCCAAUACAUAUAUUUCACAAUCACUUCAGAAAAAGGAAUUAGUCAUGAGAAUAUAAACUGGUAACUCUUGUAGUCACAUUAAUGGGAAAUAAGAUACUCAGAAAACGAAACAAAGAAAAAGGUCAGAUCAUCAUAGCAAACUUAAGUUUUUCCCCCCGCUAUAUUGUUG